ACCUUUUCUAACCUAAAGGUGGCGGCUUCAAAUUUUUUCUACAAACCGGCAGAAUUUACAACCGAAGAAGAACUGAGCCAGGCUAAAUCAUUAGCGGUGUUAGCUAGUGCGAUUUAAUCCAUUUCCACCGCACAGUUUCAGAUAUGAAAUUGUAUUGUUUGUCUGGUCACCCGACGUUACCUUGCAAUGUUCUCAAGUUUAAAUGCACCACCAUCAUGCUGGACUGCGGGCUGGACACCACCUCAGCUCUGUAUUUCCUCCCUCUGCCUCUGGUGCACAGUCCAAGACUGUCCAAACUUCCAGGAUGGGUUUCGAAGGAUGGAACAGUGAACCUUGAGAAAGAGCUAAAGGAGUGUGCCGGUCGUGUAUUCGUGGACUCCGAGCCAGAGUUUUGUCUUCCUGAGAGAGACCUGCUCGACCUGUCGAAUAUCGACGUCAUCCUGAUAUCUAACUACCACUGCAUGAUGGCUCUUCCCUACAUCACAGAGCACACCGGCUUCUCAGGCACUGUCUACACCACAGAGCCCACGUUCCAGAUCGGCAGACUGCUGAUGGAGGAGCUGGUUAAUUUCAUGGAAAGAGUUCCAAAGGCUCAGACUGCCACCUGCUGGAAGAACAAGGAAAUACAAAGGAUGCUGCCUGGUCCUUUGAAGGAUGCAGUGGAAGUGUGGUCGUGGAAAAAGUGCUACAGCAUGCAGGAAGUGAACUCUGCUCUCAGCAAAGUGCAGCUCGUGGGCUACUCGCAGAAAGUGGAGUUGUUUGGUGCGGUGCAGGUCACCCCAUUGAGCUCCGGCUAUUCCCUGGGCAGUUCAAACUGGAUCAUUCAGUCGCACUACGAGAAAGUGUCCUAUGUCUCCGGCUCGUCCUUGCUCACCACACACCCUCAGCCUAUGGACCAGAGCUCUCUGAAGAACAGUGACGUUUUGAUCCUAACCGGUCUGACACAGAUCCCCACGGCCAACCCGGACGGCAUGCUAGGGGAGUUCUGCAGCAACCUGGCAAUGACAAUCCGUGCUGGAGGGAACGUUUUGGUGCCGUGUUACUCCUCUGGUGUGAUUUACGACCUGCUGGAGUGCCUCUGCCAGUUCAUGGAGUCUGCUAACCUGGGAAACACACCCUUAUACUUCAUCUCACCUGUGGCCAACAGUUCGCUGGAGUUCUCCCAGAUAUUUUCAGAGUGGCUUUGUCAGACUAAGCAGUCCAAGGCUUACCUCCCUGAACCUCCUUUCCCACAUGCUGAGCUGAUCCAGACCAACAAGCUGAAGCAUUACCCGAGCAUCCAUGGGGAGUUCAGCAGCGACUUCAGACAGCCAUGUGUGGUGUUCACGGGGCAUCCAUCACUUCGGUUCGGGGAUGUAGUGCACUUCAUGGAACUGUGGGGCAAAUCCAGCCUCAACACCAUUAUCUUUACUGAACCUGAUUUCUCCUACCUGGAUGCUUUGGCUCCCUAUCAGCCGCUGGCUAUGAAGUGUGUGUACUGCCCUAUCGACACACGCCUCAAUUUCCACCAGGUUUCCAAACUUCUGAAGGAGGUUCAGCCACUUCAUGUGGUGUGUCCAGAGCAGUACACUCAGCCUCCUCCGUCUCAGUCUCACCGGUCUGAUCUGAUGUUAGAGCUGCAGCCUCCUCCUCUACCCUACAGCCGGUGCUCCGUUCUCAAUCUGCCCUUCCACCGAACGUAUGAACGUGUCCAGCUUCUACCUGAGCUUGCCAAAACUCUUGUACCCUCUGAGAUUAAACCUGGCAUCUCUGUGGCAAACGUGUCAGCAGUUCUGCAAUCCAAGGACAACAAGCACGUCCUCCAGUUUGUGCCCAAACCUGCUCCUGUGGCUCCCAGUAAGAAGCGGAAGAGGCUGAUGGAGGAGGUUCCUGAGCUGUCGAGCCCGAAGCCCCUGCUAAGCGGAGCUGUGCCUCUGGAGGCCUUCCUCGCCUCACUGCACAAGAAUGGAAUCUCGGAGGUGAAGGUGGAGGAGACAGCGGACGGUCACAUCCUGCACCUGCAGGCCGAGGACGCGCUCAUCCAGCUGGAAGAGGACGCAACGCACAUCGUGUGUGACAACAACGAGCCACUGCGCACCGCCCUCAGGGACCUGGUGCUCCGAUUCCUCCAGAAGCUCUGAUCUGAUCUGAUCUCUGUUUGAGUCUGGACUCUCUGACCUCAGCGUGGCUGCACACACAGUGUGGUGAUGAUCCUCUGAGUCAGUAGCAGUGAGCACCGGGAUGAGACUGAGUUUAUUUGUGGUUUAAGUAAAAACAGAAGCUCACUAUAAACAUAACAGAGAUACGUCUCAGGGCAGGAAGACCUCACUGAUGAACACUGGACGUCACUGAUUUCUUGAAAUAGGACAUGUUCUUGGACCAGCAUUUCUUCUAGCACUAAUGACAUCAGUUUGUGUCCUAAUCCUCCUGUUCCUGAGCCACUUAAAAAUUCCCAGAAUGCUCCACAUUCUGACAGAAAGUUAUUCUAUAUUAUGGUUAGCAAUAAAAUACAAAUUAUUGCCUUUAUUAUAUAUAUAUAUAUAAAUUGUUAUUUUAUUAUUAACUCUGAUAUAGAGCUACACACCGAUUUCUCUAUGGACAAUGGCACAUUUUGGUGGGAAAUGUUUCUUUAUCUAUAAACUAUAUAGGGGUAACCAAAGUCAAAGUCUUUCUGCGUUAACUUCAUAUAACAUUUAUACACUUAAAAGUGAGGUUUAACAGGAUUUGGAUUCUUUCAGUACACCAUUAUGUAAAGCACAUAUCAGAGACCUUCUGUAAUCAAAAGUAUGCAUACAUGAAGCUGAAAAUCUGGACAAGUCAUCCUUUCAGACAUGGAACUUCUUUUCCAGAGGAAAGAAUUUGUGGUCAUGUGUGUUACCAGUGUAGAUCUGAUGACACACCACAAACCCUAAAGCCCAAAUACACAGAAUGACUUUGCAUUGCUGCGGUGAAGGAAAGAUGGAUAAAAAACUUCAUAAGAACUGCUUAGGUAAGACUUUCUCUCAUGUCCUUCUCAUCCUAAAACCUUUAAUAUUAGCAAAUGUAGUCCCAUAUUUUAUAUGUAUGUUUAAGGAACUCAACAACUGCCUUUAGUGUUCGAAAUGACAUUCAGAGAGAGAGAGUAACUCGGGCGUCUGGAAGCCGUGGAGGAAAUGUUUAAGUGGCUCAAGAACAGGAGGAAUCUGAUGAUACUGUUCCAAAAAAGUGGCUUGGGGGGAAAAAAAAAAGAGGUCCAUCAGAUUCAGGAAGCAGCUUUAAUGUCAAAAAGAGUACUAAUAAUAAUAGACAUCUCUGCUUCACUCUGUUUUCUAUUAAUGUUGAAGUCUUUUAUAAUUUUGUAAUAAAUAAGGUUUUUUUUUUUUUUAUUAUUAGAUAUCCCAUGCCUGUUCUUCUCCAUUGCUCUUAUCAGUGACUGUGCUGAAGUUUUGGCACCAGAGGUCAGAACUGAGCAGCCCGAUCAUCUCUGCUAACAAAUACAACUGCUAUAAAUAGUUGUGAACCAGCUUGAUGCAAAUCCCAUUAGUGGGAGUGUGGGUUUUGUUGUUUUGUUGUUUUUUUUCCAUAAGGAAUGUGCUUCCUGAUAAUGAAAUAAAUGGAGUGCAGCAGAUGGCCAUGUAAUUUGGCCUUUAAAGUGCAUUAGAGCGCUCAAGCUUAACUGAACUUCUAGGGAUUUGGUGUUCACUGGGUGUUCAGUUUGUGUGAGCUAGAGUAAAGUGAGAAUUCGGCCUGCUUAUAAAAUGACCCAUCACCUUACUUAUCACUGCGAUACUGCUAUUUAGUUUUCUAUCAUGACAAUCUUUUGGAUUUGUGAGUGGGACGUCUCAGAGCUCCUCAUAUUUUCCUUAUGAUAUCAUGUAGAAAAUACCUAGAUAUCAUUCUUAUCUGACAGUGAGAUGUUGAACUAAACACAACUAAACACCCAUGUCAGCAUUUACAGCACGGCAUGUGUCAGGUGAAAGUUGGACAAAAUUAUCUCACAUGCUCUUCAUCAUCCUGGUAAUUCUGGUCAUUCUUCUCAUGAUAAACAUCUCAGGUUCCUAAUUAAAUACGGCUAUAAGGGCAGCAGCUCGUUUCAUCGAUGUAAAUAUUUUUCAACAAAUUGCACUACACACUGAACAAAUUAGUGAAUGUAUUAUAGGGAAUUAAAUUCUCCGAACAUCUGAGUCACUGGCUUUCUUCAAAGGGCGUGUAAAGACCUACCUCUUCCUGAAAAACUAGUACCCUUUCUAAAAAAGGAGUUGAUGUGCUGUAUUUUUUCCCAACAGAGUGCUAGACUGAUGUUCUAUUUCGUCUCUGCCCUAGUGAACCAGUAUUGAUGUAUUUACUGAUAAAGACUUAAAAACAUUUCUUUAAGUCACUUUAUAUAAGGACAUCCAUCAAAUGCCAUAAAUAUACAGCAAUCAGGCAUAACAUUAUAACCAGUGAGAGGUGCCGUGAACAACACUGAUUCUCCUCAUCAUGACUCCUGUUAGUAGGUGGGAUAUAUUAGGCAGCAAGUGAACAUUUUGUCCUCAAAGUUGAUGUGUUAGAAGCAGGAAAAAUGGACAAGCGUAAGGAUUUGAGUGAGUUUGACAAGGGCCAAAUUGUGAUGGCUAGACGACUGGAUCAGAGCAUCUCCAAAACUGCAGCUCUUUUGGGAUGUUCCCGGUCUGCAGUGGUCAGUAUCUAUGAAAGGUAUCCUUUAAGUCCUGUAACUAUCCUGUAAGAUCUGCUAACAUCUUGGUGCCAGAAACCACAGCACACCUUCAGGGAUCUAGUGGAGUCCAUGCCUCAAUGGGUCAGAGCUGUUUUGGCAGCUAAAGGGGGACUAACACAAUAUUCAUAAUGUUAUGCCUGAUCGGUGUAAAUGUUAAAUAAUAUUAUGUUCAUAAAAUAAAUGUGUAGUGAAGGGAUGUGUAAAAUCUUUACAGCUGAAUGGCUAGAAUUGUGGGUUAAAUUACCUUUUAGGUCAAACAUCAUAAAAAAUCUAAUUCAGCACUAAAUAAACAGUAAGGUGAAUAAGGUGAUUAUGUUCCUGCUUUUGCUGAUCCAUGUAUGAAUCAAUUAAUGCUGGGUAAAAGAAUGUAAACUGCACUGAUGCUAUGUGCAGAUCGAGUAACAGCACACCCCAGACCCCGAAACACAGGGUA